AUGGCAACGACAUCAGGUACUCAGGAGCCUCAUGAGACAGAAUGCUCAGUGUGCCGAGGAAACUUCGUCGUGCCCAAGAUUUUACAGUGUGGUCAUAUCUUCUGCAGGGAUUGUAUUGUCUCUGUUAUAAACUCCAAGCGACAGCCUAAUUGUCCUCUUUGCAGAAAUGCCAUCGUCGACCCAACAGAACAGGAGGCAGGAAUAAUUCCUGAAAGCAUCGCCGACUCUCUGCCACAGGAUUUUGCCAUGGAUGCACUAGCUGCAAGUGUAGAGGCACUGGCUCAGGAGCCCGUAUGUUGCGUGUGUGAUGACGUCAGGGCCGACUCCAUAUGCUUGCAGUGUCGCGACAUGUUGUGUCCAGUCUGCACCAAGGUUCAUAAAAAGCUGUCUGCGACCCGCGGUCACGAUGUGGAGAGUCUCAGCACUGUCACAGCGAAACAGUUGGCCACCAGCCGCCCCACACCAUGUGCUGAUCACGUGGACCAACAGGCAGGUCUCUUCUGCACUCAUCAUGGCGUCGCUAUUUGCGCCACCUGUGCUAUCGCCAAACACAGAGCAUGUCCAGAUGUGAAGGACCUUGCAAGUAAAGUGCAAUCAGCCGAAAAGGGGAUCAACGGUCUGGUAGACACGCUUACUGCCGCGGAGACGAUGAUGGAACAAAGUAUAGAUCAACUGGACUUGUGCCUGAAGGAAUCGGCUCCUGUCAACUUCUUUGUGACAGUCUGUUGA